AUGGCGCGCGCGGGGCGAUGGGCGCGACAUCGUCGAUCGCCAUUGCGCGACGGUUCGUCUUCCACCUCCCGUCGCCGCCGCGCGCGCGCGCGGGACCGGCGCGCGCGCGUCGUCGGUCCCGCGCGCGCGGGGGGGGGGCGCGGACGCGGACGCGGGUGGCGCGGCGGCGAUCGCGUGGGAUUUGAAAUUUGUCCAAACAAACGACAGCUGUCGACGAUGAUUCCGUCCGACGUGGACGUGAACGCGGCGCUGCGCGCGCUGGAACCGGCGUCGAGGGAUGCGAAUGGGUUCAAGGCUCGAAGCGCGCUGGUGGCGAUGCGAGAGCUCGCGAUGGGGGCGAUGAGAGAUGGAAAGGAUUGCGGCGCGGGGGCGAGCGCGUGUUGGAGCGGGAUACGAAACGCGUUGGGAAGUCAGAAGAGAGAGAUUCGAUCGGACGGUGUGAAGACGAUGUGCGCGUUCUUGGAGGCGCGGGCGAUGACGGAGAAGGACGCGGAGGAGCGUCUGGGGUUCGCGUGGAUGGACAACAAUUGGAGGUUUCGCGUUUCGGCGAUUGAAAUUUUGAGCGGCGCGUGCGCGAGCGAAGGCGGAGCGCGGAGGUGUUUCGAUCGCUUCGCGGGCGCGCUGGGCGAUCGCGAGGCGGAGGUGCGCGAGCGCGCGAUGGAUGGUAUCUUGAUGGUGCACGAGCGAUUUCCAUCGGUCGUGCGCGCGGCGCUCGAAGCGGCGAGGGACGACAUGCGUCCGCAGCACGUCAAGGAACUGGAGCGACGAAUGAACGAGACGGAGACUGGUGUUCGCACCAUCGCGUCGAGUGGUGGGAACACGAGUGCGAGCGCGAGUGAGGACGGCGCCGUCGUCGCGGCCCCGGUUUUGGGUGACGCUUUGGUGCCGCCGCCGCCGGAGAAGAUUUCGAGCGAAAGAGAGCUCGCGCGGGCGAUGGAUCGCAUCGGGCGAGAUUUGAAUCCGAGUCAGGAUUGGUUACAGCGCAUUGCGGCCAUGGUACGGCUGGAAGCGAUCACCCUCGGCGGAGGCGCCGAUGUGUACGAGGAAACGUACACGGAGUCGCUUGGGAAAUUAGUCGAGAUGCUCAACGCGCAAAUCGGCGAUAAAAGAAGCGCGGUGGUGAAGCAGGUGUCGCACCUGAUCGUCGUCCUCGCGCGCAACGCAUCGACUGCGUUCGAGAAGUACGUCGAUCAGUUCUUACGGGCGCUAUUGAAGACGACCAUCGUCACUAUCGGCGUCAUCGCCGAAAGCGGAAACGCGUGCAUUCGCGGCGUCAUUGCUCACUGUGAGGCGCCUCGCAUCGUGAACAUCCUCGCCGAAACGGUCGUGAACGAGCGCUCGCCGAAGAUGCGCCGGUACAUCGUCGAGUAUAUGACGCUGAUACUGAAGAGCUGGAGUCUCAACGAGCGACAAAUUGAGUCAAUCGGUGGGGCGCUGCAAAAGACGCUGAGCGACGCCGACGCAAUGGUUCGCUCGAAUUCGAAGGCAUGUUUUGAAGUUUUAUCCGUUACUGCACCAGCGGCGAGUGAAGUACUAUUGACAAAGGUGCACUCGAAAGUCGCGAGGACCUUAUCCGGUGGUGCGAUGGAGAGUGAAUCUGAGACGAGAGGCUCGCGAGGUGCGAGUUCAAAGGGCGGAGCAGCGCCGAAGCCUUGGCAGAAACCGCCUCAAGGGAAACGUCCGCAGAAUGAUAUUGUCUUUGAGGUUGUCGUGGCAGAGAAACCGCCGCCUGCCGGAGCGCAGGCGCAGCCGAAGCAGUCGAUAGUUAAUGAUCGGCCUGGAAACGCCGCGACGCGCGCGCAGCCGACGCCCAAACCAGCUGCCAUAGUUCCUGACAUCGCCGAAGUGGUUAUGUUUGCCGAGCGAGUCGAACGCGCGGCUGAAAGGGCGUCGCGCGCCGACGCGUGUUCUAAACUACGAGACGCAUUAGACGAUGCGGAUGUUCGCACGCACGGCGCGAGCGCGGUGCAAUUUGAGGCGCAGGUGACGCUACACGCGUCCCGCAUCGCCGAACUCAUUUUGGGCUACAUAUCGGACACGAAUGCGCUCGUUAUCGAUCCCGCUCUCGAGGCCGUGAGCAUUCUAGUGUAUGUCGCGACGGAUGAGCUCAAGCCGUUAAUGCCAGACCUGUGCCUUGGCGUGUUUGAGUGUUUGACAGACUACAGAGAGUCAACGCGAGCACUCGCAUCGGAGGCGCUCACGGCUAUUGGAGACGCACACAAACCGGACGCACUCCUGCCAUCACUUCUGCGCUCGCUGAGUCUCUCAGAGACGCCACGUGCGAAGACUGGUGUGCUUGAGUUCGCUCUUUACGUCUUGUCCGGUCGUGGCGGUGGUGCAAAUGAAGUCUCGUAUCCUCCAGCAAAAGUAUCGCCCGAUUUGGAGUCAUGGAUUGAUUUAGUAUUCGAGUUGGCGUGCGAUGUUGACGAAGCUAUGGCGAAAGCCGCGGGAUCAAACCUAGCCGCCAUUUACUCGCACGUUGAUGACAGCGUCGUGACAAACCGACUGAUGGGGAGUUCAGAGUUCAAGAGAGUACGAUUCAUGGAGGCGUUGGAGCGGCGCGUUCCUAAACUGGCGCGAGUUCUGCAACCUCUACUCGAAGCCGCACAGCCGCCGCCACCAAAGGCGAAAACACCCAAGUUCAAGGCCCCAAACGACGCAGGCUGCGAUAGCUUGGAUGAUGACUACGCGGACCAGAACGUCACAUUACUCAAUCGAAUGUAUGAAACCAUGAAAAUUGAGGCGUCCCCGGCGAAACAUCGAACGUUCGGUGAACGUGUCGUUGAAGCUUUAGAGGGCUUACGAGAUGAAAACGUUGACGUUGUCGUUCGUUCCUUGCGAGACAUCACGGCUUUGGUGAUGGAAGAUUUCGAGCAGUUGAAAACGUACCUCAAGCUGAUCGUUCCGGCGAUGUGCUCAACGAUGGACGAUAGGAAUGAGCUCGUCGCCGCUCACGCGUUCGGCGCUCUGAAUGCGAUUUUCCAAAAUCCCCGCAUCGAUGCCGGCGAUGCCUUUACGGCAUUAUCGCCCUUGGUAAGUGCGAGUGCGUCAUCGGACUCGCCGAUGUACUGCGUGCAGACGGUGAUCGAUCACGCGAUGACGGAUGCAGAGGACAUGGAUAUCAUUCUUCCCUCGCUUGCACGGGCGUGCGAAAGCAAAACGCUCGCCGUCCGGCAGCGCGCUUUCCACGCGCUCGGCACCGUGCAGCGCGUGUUUGGGGCCGAGUUUGUGUCGCCGUUCGUCAAUUCGAUGGCAUCAGAACAUCGAGAGUUAAUCGAAUACUACGCACGAAAGUGA